AUGGCUAAUUCCAAGGCUAUAAUCCCUAAUGAGUCCCUUCCCUCGGACACCGAUGUCGGAGAUGUCGACAUGGUGCAAUAUAGAGCGACCGUCCCACGAUGGAAACGAGUAUGGCAACAUAGUUUGACGCAGAUGAUGCUGUUGAGCAUGCAGGCGUUUUGUGGGCCUGCUAUGUCUGAUGCAAUCACUGGCCUGGGUGGUGGUGGUCUUGCCACUCCGCAUAUAUCAAACAUUGCAACCGCCAUUACAUACGGUCUGCUUGCAAUUGUUUGCUUCUUUGGCGGCCCUUUGGUCAACAAGAUCGGGGUGAAAUGGGCCCUUGUGCUUGGGUCCAUGUCAUUCCCCAUUGAGGGAUCUUCAUACUACUGCAAUAGCAAAUUUGGAAAUCAAUGGUAUCUCAUUUUCAGCGGCGCUACCAGUGGGAUUGGAACUGCCUGUUGGUAUGUUGCUGAAGCUGGAGCAAUCAUGACUCUGGCGCCAUCUCGAUCUCGGGGAAAGUAUCUGGCCCUGUGGAUUGUCUCGCGUAACCUUGGCCAGUUGGUUGGGGGUGCCAUCAACCUCUCAAAGAAUCAUGAAAAAGGCGUUGAUGGCGGAGUGUCUCCAGAUACAUAUCUCGCCUUUGUGAUCAUUGAAUCAUUAGCCCUUCCAUUUGCACUGUUAAUUGCCCCCUUUGAACGCGUCGUCCGAUCAGACGGGACGAGAAUCGUCACUGCCGAGACUCUUUCCACCAAGCAGGAAUUGAAGCGAAUUUCGAAGACAAUGACCUCAAAACUCAUUCUUCUCUCUGCCCUCUGGGCUCUAUGGUCAUUUUUCUACUCAGGCACAUGGUCCACCUACCUGGGAACCUAUUUCUCUGUACGCUCGCGCGCCCUCUCAUCUCUGAUCUCUCCAUUCUUCUGCAUAAUCGGCUGCUUCGGCCUAGGCUUCAUCCUGGACAUGAAAAGCCUCAGCCAGCGCCGCCGCGCCCAAAUAGGCCUCUACAUCGUGGUUAUCCUAAAUGUCGGCGUAUACAUCUGGUCCAUUAUUAUGCAGACCAAAUUCGAGCGCCAUGACCCCGGCCAUAUCGAUUGGGAGGACGGGCUGUACGCCUCGUCGUUCUUGCCUUACUUCUUCAUCCAAACGACUGGUCCUUUGUCGCAGUCUUAUAUGUACUGGCUUAUAUCUUCCUUUGCGACUGAUGCCCAGGAAAAUGUCCGGAAUGGAGCUGCGUUUAGGUGUAUCGAGGCUAUUGGUCAGGCCAUUGCCUAUGGGAUGAAUACUCAGACCACGACUGACCCUCUUGUUGGAUUCUGUGUGACUUUUGCUUUACUUGGUUUUGCUUUGGUUCCUAUGAUCAUGCUGGUGAAUACUACCCCUGAUCGUAUUCCUGCUGAUGUUGUUGCGGAGCAGCAGGAUGCGGCCUUGGAAAAGAGGGUUGAUGUAUAG